CUCUUAGUGAUAUUCGUACAAUCGUUUGAAUUUCCGCGCACAAUGAAUGUUAAGAGAUAAACGUUGUUUAAACGUGUGGUUGUUAAAAUUAAAUUUGAUAUUUCGCCGUCGGAGAACAAGUGUAAAUUAUAAUACACAACAAAUAAAACAAGUGGAUGUUUUUGUUGUCAAUAAAAUGCAUUUUCAAUCGAAAUAAGUAAAACCGUGUGGUAUUAAUGUUCAGUUUUUUAUUAUUGAAUUAUGCCAAGACCUCCGAGGGAAUCAUAUGGCGAUCAAAAGCCCCCGUAUUCAUAUAUAUCCUUAACGGCUAUGGCUAUUUGGAAUUCACCCGAAAAAAUGUUACCUCUGAGUGAUAUUUAUAAAUUUAUAAUUGAUCGUUUUCCAUAUUAUCGGAAAAACACACAACGCUGGCAAAAUUCCUUACGGCAUAACCUCAGUUUUAAUGAUUGCUUUAUAAAGGUUCCUCGAAGACCAGAACGGCCAGGCAAAGGUGCUUACUGGGCUCUUCACCCACAAGCAAUUGAUAUGUUUGAAAAUGGUAGCUUACUACGGCGUCGGAAACGCUUCAAACUACACAAGCACGAUAAGGAUUAUUUGAAAGAAGAACUAGCUACAUGGGCAAAUCUUAAUCGUUUCUUUUUUACUCCACAAAAUACGUCAACAUCAGCAGAAUUACCAUUAGUUAAUGACUCUUCCCUAUAUUUAACUAAUGUAGCAAAUAUAGCUAAAUUAACUCAAUGUUCUGUUGGAAACACGCAGUCUAUCACAAAUUUUGCAUCUACUGCUAUAUCAUUAGGAUAUCCACAAGUAACAAUGUCAACAAAUAGUGAUACAACAUUCUCGAAUAUAUUACAUAGUUCCCAAGUAAUAUCACCAAUCAUGGAUGGAUCAACCAUUAUUAACAAAUCUCGACAAAAACGUUCUUUUACUAUUGAAAGUCUAAUAACACCCGAUAAACUUGAUUCAAAGUCUAUAAAAGGCAUUAACAGUUACGAUAAAUCUAUUACCGAAAGACUGGAAACAGAAACACUAAAACAGAAUAGUGCCACCUUACACAGUUCCAUAUUCAGUGCUGAAAUGAAUCAUCAACCCCUUCCUCCGCUGCACACGAUUACUGGAAGUACCCACAUGCCCCUUCUGCAUUAUAAUAGGUCAGAAGCUAAUUGUAUCAAUUUGGAUCCUUGCUUUAAUUCUACAACAGUUUACGAUAUUCCGCUGCAUCCAAUAUUAAUGAUGAAAUCUCCGCUUGGAAAUUUACAACCGUUAUAUUUUGCAAAUGUUGAUAUACCAACAAACCAACACACAUCAUCUAAUUCACGACAGAGUUCCAGCCUGCGAACUGCAUGACAUCAUUAGUUAUAAUCGUCUAUAGUUGAAAUAAACUGGAGUCAUCUUCUUUAGUUCCUAAUGGCUGUUAUUCACAUAUGUAAUGUAUUAUUUUUAAAAUAAUUUUUAAUAUAUUUCACUCUGUAUAUAAUAUUUAAUACUAAAAAACCAAUCAUUAAAAAAACAUGAUUUUAAGAAACAAAUACUCACCAAUUAAAAUUUAAUAAAAACAUUUCUAGUCUACAAACAUUUUAGUUAUGUGAGUAUAUUAAAAAUUGUAAUGUUUCUAAUGUUUAUGAUACGAAAUUCGAAUAUAUUAAUUAAUCACAUUUUUGAAAUAGCAAAACAAUUUCUGACUAAAAUACUGAUAAUUUAGCCGACGGCAAAUCAAAAUAUCAACAUUAACAGGCGUAAUUAAAAACUACAGUAUUAUUUUAUGAAGAUUAGCAAAUAUGUUAACUAUUGUAUAUCUUAGAGUUUUAUUGCGGAUUUUGAAAAUAGUAGGCGCCUUUAACCGGUUGUUUAAUUCUUCAAUAUUGUAAAAUCUCAGAUAAAAAUUGACUAAAAUUAUAUACAACACGCAUAUAUUCUCAUAAAUUCAGAUAAUAAAUACUAUUAAUUUAAUUGCUAAUUAAAUGUUUGCAAC